AUGCAUUCAUUGGGAGCUCUGGCCGUGGCGCUGCACGCAUCUCUGCUGGUGCUGCUGGCUCAGGGGAUUCCAACAAACAGAGAUGACGUUUUUUUGCAGCCUUUGGAGCGUUUUCCCCUCACGGAUAGAUCAACCGGGUUUCACCUGCCAACCUACAUGAUGCAUCUCUACAGGAAUUUCAAGGCUAACUUUUCCAGGCCUUUGGAUAUUAUGGAGCAAGACGCAGCAAAGCAAGCGGACACCGUGAAGAGUGUGAUGGCUAAAAGUUUGACAUUCAGGGAGAAGUGCUGGGUUGCGACCUUUGACCUCCAUCCGCUUCUAUCUGACAAGCAGAUUCAGGCGGCAGAGCUGAGGAUCCGGCUUCCUCGGCAACAGAAUGCCUCCAACAUCACGGUGGAGGUCUAUCACAAGCAUGGCAAGGCGUGCCAUUCUCACACAAGCUGCCAGGAGCAGCAGCUGGUGGGCCUGCUCUCUGAAUCAUCACUGGUCACUUCAUCACAGAACUGGAAAGUGUUCAACAUUACAAAACCUCUCUUGAGCUGGCUGAGGCAAAAAUCAGCAGCAGUGAAAAGUCGAAACAGAAGAGUGUUGAGAAGAAGGAGAGUGGUAAAAACAAAGAGAGGCCUGACGCUUCCUGAUGUGCCUGGGUUUGUGGCAAGCCUGAAAAGAGAGCCAGACGUGAGUGACCGGGCCCUGUUGGUCAUAUUCUCACAAACUGGCUCUGGUGAAAACCCGAAGGCCAAAGCGAGCUUACGUCACACAGCUGAACAAUCCAAGUUCUUGUCCCCUGCUGAAAUCAAAAGGGCCGGCCGGCCAAAGAGGCGCAGGAGCAAGCGGGGCCAGAGAGAACAGUCUGUGAGAAGCCUGCAGGCGUCCAAAAGAGGGAGUGAAAAAUCUCUCUGUCGCAGAGUGGAAAUGCAUGUAGACUUUAAUGAAAUUGGCUGGGGGUCCUGGAUUGUUUUUCCUAAACGAUAUAAUGCCUACCGCUGUGAGGGUCCCUGCCCUGGUCCCCUGGGAGAACACCUGAAUCCAACAAAUCAUGCUUACAUGCAGAGUUUACUGAAACAUUACUACCCUGACAAAGUGGGAUCCCCCUGCUGUGCCCCGACCAAAAUGAGCCCAUUAAGCAUGCUGUACUAUGAAAAUGGAGAAAUGCUCCUUCGACACCAUGAAGACAUGAUCGUGGAAGAAUGUGGCUGCCAGUGAGAGCCACAACCACCUGUGAACAUGACCUGUGAAGCUGAACGAACAAUGUCUCAAAACGAAAGAAAACACUUAGCUAGAAGGAAAAAGCUCUUUGAUAUUUGUCACAGUGCACUGUAAGAUUGUAGCUGAUCAAUGUGCAGAUAAGGGAUUUUAAUUUGUGAUGUGAGCUCUGGUUUGUAAGGGGAACAUUUUCAUUUUAAGAUGUGCCGAAAUAAAAACUCAAUAGUAUACAGCCUUCCAGCUGUGUGCAGAUGUUACAAUGUAAUAUACAAUUGUAUUUCCCUUAUCAAUUUCCUCAAUGUAAACA